CCCGCCGCCACCGAGGCGCGUUUCGCUGGACAACAACACCUUUGGCUGAAUAGAAGCUUCUCUUUGGAACAAAGCCAACAAAAUUGCACUCGGCGCAAAGCAAUCCCACCGCCCGGAAACGCUAUUUUUGUCAGCAACCAACUCGGCAUUUCCCAUUCCAGCUUCCCACCAAAAGAACAGCGCGCACCCCAAGGCAAACACGUCGAGUCCAGCGGGUCCUCAACACCAUCACCACCUUUGGACAGCUUCACCUAGGCCUCUCACCAUUGGCUGCUCUUUGAGCCACGACAAUGUUUGCCCGCUCGAAAGAGUCAGUCGAGCAGCAUUCUCAACGUGAUCAACAAUAGUACAAAGAGAAAUCCCAACAGAUACGGGCACCGUUUCCGCUUUGAGGUCGCCGUCGCCUGCAGAUCCAGGUCUCCUGGCCUUCGUUGCUUGCGCCGGUAUCAUCUUGUCCGCCCGCAGAACGACAUAGUGACAGAUGCUUCAUAAGUACUGACGCUUCUCGAACAAACUUGGUUUCCUUCUUCAGGUUUUCGCAAAAUCUUUUGUAACACCGCUGGAGCUCUAAAAAGACUACUACAGCUUACCCUCCCACAUCGCCUCCCUCACCUCACCUCACCUCACCUCACACGAUUCAUACCAAUUCGAGAUGGCACCAAGAACAAGUAACCGCAAAGGCGGCGCCCUCCUCCGCUUCCAGGAAGAUGCUAUGGCUGCACAGCGCGCCGAGCAAGCCCAGCAGCGUCAGCAACGCCAACAAGGCCGGACGUCACGAGGAUCACAGAUAAUAGCCAAUCAAAACGAAGAUGGACAACAGAGAGCUGCGCAGCCCGAUUUGCCAGUCUUGCGCGCAGCACCCAGCGCCCGCAGAGCAUAUAGCUACGGCGCCGCUGUAGAACCGCCACCAAGACCACCUGCCUACGGAGCAGAGGGGGGGCAGAUUGAUCUAGCGGCCGCCGUCAGAAAUGCGCGUCAACGGCAGCGCGAGCAACUGGAGAGGGAAGAAGAAGAACUUAACAGAGUAUUCCCAAUGGCAGGUCGUGCACCUGCGGUCCAAGAAGCAGCAAGAAGAAAGGCAGAAACCGAAGCUGCAGAACGCACAACAACUACAACAAGCAGGAUAGGAAACGUACCUCGCUUGCACCCUUCAGGACAAGAAAGUUCUACCCAUGAUGACGAUGACGCCCGCAGUUUUGACAUGGAGAGCGACGUAUUUGACGAUGCCACCAUUGCUUCCAUGGCAGGCGCCCGUCCAGAGUCAGCUCGCCCAACCCCCAAUAACAACCGACCAAACAGAGCAGGGCCUGCCCAAAACACCAGGAGAAGCGGUGAGUCCGCGUAUGAGGACCCUACGCAUGACAGGGCAACAUAUGAUGAUGACUCGGAAUCAUCCGGCGAAGAAGAAGAGGCGCUUACGACCACUAUAUCAAAUCCAAACCCACGUCCACGAAGGAGGUAUGACCCUGGUGACAAUACAUUUUCUGGACCGAUGGCUCAAAUUUCAGCCGCUAGAGGUCCUCUCAUUUUAAGGAGUGGGAACGGCCGCCUCCCACGGUCAAAGUCGAGCUGGUUUUCUCUCACACCUGAUACUAGCGAGCGCAUAACAAAGACCGACGUCGGGAACCCUGCCCAGCAUCGUAGUUCCGUGCAACAGCGUCAGUCGGAUUAUAGCACCCAAGAUGAUGAGCUGCAAGAAGAUAUUGAAAGAUCGGAGAGCGAAAACGAGAGGCGCAGCCAGGAGAGCUCCUCCGAAGCUGCCUCCGAUGAGGAGGCAGAUGAUGAAGUGUCAUCAUCAACGUUCUUGGAUUUUUUUUCGUUUGCAUGGCUGCAAUCGUUGACCAACACGCAUGGCAACGUCGCUGAAGAAGGGGAGCAAGCCGAAACUAAUGAAGAUGACUUCAAAUGGUGGCAGCUCCUCAACCCCUAUACAUAUUUUAAGGCUCUGGUAUGGGCGUUGAAUACUUUCUUCGAAACGUUACAGGAUAUUGCAAUCAUGCUAUUCCCACCGAAACUGCAGGAGCAGCUUAAAUGUCUUCUCGCCAAGGCCCUAUACGGCGCGGCUCUGCUUGUGACGGCGUUGACCAUCAGCGGUAUCAUCCAAGCGUUGUUCCAAGGUCCCCAUGAGGAGCACAGCUGGCUUUCGAUACCGGAGCGAGGACUAAAGGAUGCAUCACGGCUUGUCCACCGAGUCGGCUCUCUUGUACCGACAAUCCCGUGGCCAGGAUGGAAGACAUACAACGGUCUGCCUGAUCGCUGGAAUCUUGACGGGGCUGAUACCUCCAAUAUUCUGGACUACAUGCAUAGAUAUGAACAGGAUACGGAGACGCUCAAGCAAGCCGCCAAGGUACAUGACGCUUCUCUAAAGAAGCUGGGAGCAAUCUUGCCAAAGGUGAUCCAUGUGGAUGUGAAGAAUGGCAAGCUUGUUAUAUCCGAAGAAUUCUGGCACGCGCUUCGCGAACUACUCCGGGCUGACGACACCUUCUUCACUCUCAACAAAAAGGGCAACAAUUUUGAGAUUCGCUCAGAGCAGCAGAUCAAGGCCAUCGCCGCCAAUGUCGCCAAAGAUAAGGCCAUUAUUGAUGUCAUGGAUGAGAGCGUGAAGACUGUGGAAAACCGCAUCAAUAGCAAUCUCCCUGUACAAUUAGAGACUUGGAUGAAGGCCAACGACGACAAGAUUGCCAAGUUGCUUGGUUCCGCGCUGGACCAAAUCCAAGCUGCGGGAUCGCAAAAGGAAUUUGACAAGAGGCUCAAGCAGAUUGUCAAGGAGAGCAUCGCGCAGGAUGCGCAAAAUGUGGUUUCCAAAGACGAGUUCCUGCGCCACCUGGGCCAAGAACUUGCGAGCCAGCGAACACAGCUCCGAGCUGAGCUCACAGAGAUGCUGCCCAAGAUUGACGAGGUUGUCAAGCGUGCGGCGAAGCUUGUCCAACAGGAACUGCCAGAAAUCGUCAAGCGAGGAGAUAUUACGACCAUGGUCCAUGGCAUGAUCCAAAAGGCAAUGGCUGGCAUCAACUUGGAUUCCAUUGCAAAGAACAAGAUUCACAAUCACUGGGACAAGGUCCUGAAGCAUCAGGUCAACUACUUUUCUCCUGGUGCUGGUGCCUCCAUUGACGGUCAACACACGUCGCCGGUCUACGUUUCCGAUAAGCCACCCACCAAGGAGCAAGUUAACAAGGGCUAUGCGGUCUAUCGCCAUCCCAAUCCUACCAUAGCCCUUCAAGCUUGGCAGGAAGAAGGCGAGCGCUGGUGCGCAACACGGUCUACCAAUCGUCGUGGCAACCCUCAUGGUGCAGUUCUCGCCGUACAAAUGGGCCAUCGGAUUACACCACAGCACAUCGUGGUUGAGCACAUUGUUGCAGAGGCUACUGUAGAUGCUGCGGCCCGACCACGAGAGAUUGAGGUUUACGCUGACAUUGACGCUGAUAUCCGUGAUCGUGUCCGCGACUUCUCCGCAGCACGCUUCCCAGACAACACUGCCGACUGGAACUUUGCGCCAGCCGAGUUCCCGGACCGCUUCGUCAAGAUCGGCCAGUUUGUCUACGAGGAGCAUCAGCCCGAAGGCGGUGUCCAAGUCCACCGGCUAAGCGACGAGCUGGCCGAGCUCGGCGUCGAGACAGACCACGUUAUCAUUCGCGCCAUCAGCAACUACGGCGCCAAAGACCACACCUGCUUCUACAGAGUGCGGCUCUUUGGCCAGGCGUCUUCGGGGAUUUGAGAGAGGGAGAGAGCAUGUAUUGUAGCGUUAUAGAUUUGAUGCUGUUUAUGAGCGAGCUUUUGGUUUGCAUUGUUUUUUGUUACUAGAAGCACUUUGGUUUUCGGCGUUUUGGGGAUGACCGGCUGGGUCCAAAAGGGAACGGAGGAUAGCAUGAUGAUGCUCAGCAUUGAUUUUCGGGAAUAUUUUUAUCGUAUUCUGCCAAUUAUACUACUGAAGAGCCUCAUGCCUUCGUUGAUCUUUUUAAACAUUUUUCCUU